UGUGUCUGCAGUGGUGUUGUCGCCUGUGGGGCCCAGGAGACGAGAGACACAAGGAGAUGACGGUCCCAUGAGUGCGGAGCAGGAGCAGGAUCUCAUGACUCACCUGACGUCCCCCCCCGGAGACAGGCCGUUCGCGUUUCCGGCUUGCGACGAAAGCUUUAGCGAUGAGAGAAAUCUGGUAAUCCACAGCCAGGCGGAGGAGCGGGAGUACAAAUGCAUUCUGUGCGGGAGAUGCUUCAACCAGCAGCCCAGCCUGACCCGGCACCAGAAGAACCACGCGGGGGAGCGGGCCUACAUCUGCCCCGAGUGCGGUAAGAGCUUCAGCCUCAAGCACAACCUGAUCAUCCACCAGCGCACGCACACGGGCGAGCGGCCCUACAAGUGCAGCGUCUGCCAGAAGAGCUUCAGCCUCAAGCAGAACCUGGUCACCCACCAGCGCAUCCACACCGGGGAGCGGCCCUUCGCCUGCCCCGAGUGCGGGAAGAGCUUCCGGGAGCAGCGGUUCCUCCUCAACCACCAGAGGACCCACACGGAGGAGCGGCCCUACGAAUGCAGCGACUGUGGCAAGUCCUUCAAGGAGAAGCAGACGCUGGCCAGCCACCAGCGGACCCAUAGUGGGGACAGGCCCUACCAGUGCACCGAGUGCGGGAAGAGCUUCAGUCAGCGCACGUUCCUGGUGACGCACGAGAAGACCCACCAAGGGGGGAGCCCGUUCCCCUGCGGCGAGUGCGGGAAGAGCUUCAGUUGCAAGAGCGGCCUCGUCACCCACCAGCGCAUCCACACCGGGGAGCGACCCUUCGCCUGCCCCGAGUGCGGGAAGCACUUCAGCCAGAAAGGCUCGCUGAAAAUCCACCAGAGAAUCCACACCGGGGAUACCCCCUUCACGUGCCCCGAGUGCGGGAAAACCUUCACGCAGAAGAUAAACCUGACUACGCACCAGAGAACCCACCUGGGAGACAAAGCCCUCACAUGAGCCUGACGUCGUGUUAAAAGCUUUACAGAGCGGAUAGCUCUGAACUCCGCUGGGAGCUCCCGGAGGGGCCCGGGACUGCACUGCACGUGAGAGGCUGAACGGCAGAGACGCCAUGUGAACGUUCUGGGUGUCCGGAGUCGCUCCUUAUACACCCCGGAGUCCCCACAGGGGAGACUGAUUGUCUUCACGCACUGACUCUGGGGCCCCCUUUACAGCUCCUCUUUCCAUUGGCCAGUCAGGGAGCGAGAAGGAUGAGUGUGAAAAAGAAGCAGGAUCUCAUGACUCAUGUGAAAUAUUAAUACAUUGUAGAUGGUGGAAAAGCUUCAUCCCACAGCCACCUCUCCUAGAAACCACACAGGAGAGAAGGUGGCACCUGAAGCAGGAUCUCAUCCACCCCACAGAAACUGUGUUAUCCUCCUAAUUAAUAAAAAAAAAAAACUUACAGAGAUUUCUUCUAAAUCACCAGGGACCCUGCACAGAGCAGAGACUAAGCGACUAUAGUCCUUGCUGGAAAACCUUCAGGGAGAAGCAGGCUCCCAAAACCCCAGAGACCAUCCCAAUGAACUGAAUGUGGGAGAGGCUUGGUCUGAGGAUGUUCCUGGUGACAUCUGAGAAAAUCCACAAAGGAGGGGCCCCAUUUACCUGCUCUGAGCUUGGGACACGCCUUAGCUAUCAGUGACCGCAUUAUAGUCCAGAGAAUCCAUACCAGAGGAGACCAUUUAAAUGCCCCGAGGGCAGGCACGCUCCUCACAAGAUAAAUCUGCAUGAGUGAGGUCACUUACCCAGAACUGGAGAACUAGGGAGCUGCAAAGAUAAGCUAAGAAUAAUUCUCUCCUCUGCAGGAAUCACUGGGUAUCGUUUUGUGACUUGGCCGGUGCAGGAGGUCUGAUUAAAGGAGCACAGUGAUUUCUUCUGGCUUUAAAUUCCAUGAAUCUGUAAUUCUGAAUAUAGGCCUGAGACCUCCUGAAGGUGGGAAAAUAUUCUGUUAAAACACAAGGAGAGACAUCAUACAAAUGUCAUGUAUGUUGGAAAAAUCUUGUUCGCUCCCCUUGCUGUACAGGACAGCAAGAAAUCACCAAGUGGAUGCACUGGAGUGUUUGCUGUUACAGGCCAGUUCAAGGAGCGUUGCUAUGCCAGUGGCAUGUAAUUGCAUCCCUGUUUUUCCCUUUGUGGUAUUUCCCACCUCCUGUUCUAGUCUCUUCUGGUCCUUUCUGGUUGGGUUUGGGAUGUUCUGUUCUAUGCCCGAAGAUUCUGGGCAGAAGGGGAAGGUUUCAUUAAUGUUCCAAAAGGAGGCAAGUUUCUGCUGCAUGUGAGGAGGGCAAGAAUUCAGUCUGUUUCCUCUGGGAGAGGCAGCUGCUGGAAAAGGCCGUCAGUGCAGUCAGCAUAAAACGCAAGAGAUGUCCAACACAGACAGUUCCUGCCUGUGUCACUCUCAGACGUGCAGAUGAGUAAAACAGAAAUGGUUUGGAAAAAUGAAUUUUCCUUUCAUAGUUUUCUGCUGUUUGCUCAUUGUUACAUGUCACUCUGCCUGGACAAUGAAACCAGAUUGGUCAGUUUUAGUUUCUAGCCAUUUUCACUCUCUGGGUCUCCCCAUGGGCAUAUCCUUACUGGGUUCCCAGUGCCACAGGGGAAUAUUAAACAUCUGGGAGGAGGGGGGUCAUUUCAGUGGAGCUGUUCUGGGGUAGAAUUAACCCAUGGAUUUCAAGUCAUAACAGCUGAUACAUCCAGAGAUUAACAUCAGCGAUCAGACUUUAGGGCCCAGUCCACCUCCUGUUGAAAUAAAUGGACAGGCUCUCAUUGUCGUCAGUGGGAAUAGGAGCAGAAAGGUUCAAUAUGCCCUUGAUCAAGCAAAGCGCUUUAGCACAUGCAUUGGUGUCAGGGUGACCACUCACCGGCUUAACGUUAAGCAAGAGGUAAGUGCUUCGCUGGAUCAGGGUCAGAGGCCUUAGUGACCGAGGAGCAAAUAUGAUAACCCUCAUCCUACUAGGGGAUAGGGUACCCACCCUGGAUGAGAGAGCACGUGUAUCUCAUUGUCAGAGAUUCAUGCAAACACUCCCAUCGGUACGAGGUUUUUGAGAUCCUCACCCUCCCAACACCCUUUAUUUAAAAAAAGUAAAUCUAAAUGUUGUCUGUAACCCCAGAGGAUUGGCUGGGUAAGUUUCUCUUUGGGAAUGCGCGGGUACCAUUUCUAUGACUGGAAAGUGCCGUAUUCCUGAUUAAGGCACAUGAUGGCUCGUAUUUCUAUAGAGGCUCCUGGGUCUUUAACUCUGUUUGAAUUCUUGUAGUGAUCCCUGCCUGGGCAGAAGGGGUGGUAGAGAUGGGUUGAUUAAAGGAUGUGAAACUAAGACAGGAGGGUGUAGGGGAGGGGCAUGUCUGGUGAGGGUUAAUCCUGGGGGGAAGCAGCUAUUAAAGUGGGGGUGGAAAUGAUGGGGUGUCUCUCUGGUACUGUAGCUGCAAUGCUAGAGAUCAAUAAAGGAAGGUGUGUUUUGAAAGGAA